AUGGCCAAGCUCCAACUCCAAGGCGCCUUCACCGCGCUCGUGACGCCCUUUACGGCCGACGGCGCCCACGUCGACUAUGACGCGCUCCGCCGCAUCGUCGAGGCGCAGAUCGCCGACGGCAUCAACGGCCUCGUACCCAUGGGCACGACCGGCGAGUGCCCGACCGUCUCGCACGACGAGCACGACAAGGUCGUCGCGGCCGUCGUCGAGUACGCGGCGGGUCGCGUCCCGGUCAUUGCAGGCACUGGCUCCAACAGCACGGUCGAGGCCGUGCGCUUGACCAAGGCGGCCAAGGCCGCGGGCGCGACCGCCUGUCUCGUCGUCAACCCGUACUACAACAAGCCGUCGCAGAAAGGCCUCUACGAGCACUUCAAGGUCAUCCAGGACAUUGGCCUCCCCGUCGUGCUCUACAACAUUCCUGGACGCACCAAUGUCAACAUGCUACCCGAGACAGUCGCCGAGCUGUACAAGCUGCCGCACAUUGUGGCCAUCAAGGAGGCGACCGGGUCGCUCGAGCAAGCGUCCGAGAUCGCGGCGCUCUGCGACAUUACCAUCCUUUCGGGCGACGACACGUUGACGCUGCCCAUCAUGUCGAUCGGCGGAAAGGCUGCAUUAGCGUCCUCUCCAACAUUGCACCGCGCCGGGUCUUGGACGUGACCGAACCGGCGCUUCGCGGCGACUAUGCGGCCGCGCGCCGGGCGCAUCUCUUGUCGAUUCGACUGUGCAAGACCAUGUUCAUCGAGACCAACCCGCAGCCGAUCAAGAAGGCCAUGCAGCUCCUUGGGAUGUGCUCGCCGGCGUGCCGCCUUCCGCUCGUCGAGUGCUCGGACGAGUCGGCCGCCAAAAUCCGCACCGAACUCGUCGCUCAUGGCUUGCUUCAAGGAUAAACACGUAAAAUCAUGUUGUGUGCCAAUGGCGUCGUGAUGGAAAAUCCCUUCUUCC